AUGUCACGUUUCAUCACUUGCAUUACUGCCACCCUCAUUCAUAUUCCAAACAAACAACUCCCUCACUCGGUCCAAAAAUGCAGGCCAAAUCCUGCCAUAGCAUCCCACCUCCAAUAUUCCCAGCAUCUCCGGCGAAGUCACUGCCGGCGAACAAAGUUUCUUUUCCUGCAAAAAUAUCCCGAGCCAUCUCAAUCACCGCCCCGGGGGACGUAAUUUCAACCCAAAACGUCGAUGACACGGUGGCCGCAUUUUGGGACUACCAAUUUCUCUUUGUGUCACAACGGUCAGAAACCGCUGAUCCAAUCACCCUCCGUGUUGUUGAUGGAGCGGUCCCACCGGACUUCCCGUGCGGGACCUAUUAUCUCACCGGGCCGGGGGUGUUCACCGAUGACCACGGCUCCACAGUGCACCCCCUAGACGGUCAUGGGUACCUUAGAGCUUUCACAAUUGAUGGGGUCAAAGGAGUGGUCAAAUUUAUGGCUAAGUACAUAAAGACUGAGGCUCAGACCGAGGAGCGAGACCCGCUCACCGGGAGGUGGCGGUUCACGCAUCGCGGCCCGUUCUCAGUCUUGAAAGGUGGAAAGAUGGUUGGGAACACUAAGGUAAUGAAAAAUGUUGCGAAUACUAGUGUGUUGGGGUGGGGAGAGAGGCUGUUUUGCUUGUGGGAGGGUGGUGAUCCUUAUGAGAUUGAUUCAAGGAGUUUGGACACCAUAGGAAAGUUUGAUGUGAUCGAUGAUGACGGUGAUGGCGGUGGUGGAGGUGAUGGUAGCGGCGAGUCGGAGAUGGUUGGAGAAUUGAAGGGUGGUUUCUGGGAUGUGGCUGCAACAUUGUUGAAACCGAUUCUAUAUGGAGUGUUUAACAUGCCACCGAAGCGGUUGUUAUCCCAUUACAAAAUAGAUGCAGGUAGAGAUAGACUUCUUAUCCUGUCAUGCAAUGCAGAGGAUAUGCUGCUCCCUUGCAGUCAUUUCACCUUCUAUGAAUUUGAUUCAAAUUUUAAGAUGGUACAGAAGAAAGAAUUCAACAUCCCAGAUCACCUAAUGAUCCAUGACUGGGCAUUUACAGACUCUCAUUACAUAUUAUUUGGCAAUCGCAUCAAGCUUGAUAUAACUGGAUCAAUGGCAGCAGUGUUUGGGUUGUCGCCGAUGAUAUCGGCAUUGGCAGUGAACCCUAGCAAACCUACUUCUCCCAUUUAUUUGCUCCCUCGCUCUCCUCCUAAUAGUAAUGAACUCAACUAUGGCAAUGAGAGAGAUUGGAGAGUCCCUAUUGAAGCUCCUUCCCAGAUGUGGGUUCUUCAUGUUGGCAAUGCUUUUGAAAACAGAGACGAUGACAAUACCAAUUCUCAAAUUCACAUUCAAGCCAGUGUUUGCUCUUAUCGCUGGUUCAACUUCCAGAAAAUGUUCGGAUAUGAUUGGCAGAGUGGUAAACUAGACCCUUCCAUGAUGAAUCGAAAAGAAGAGAACUUAUUGCCUCACCUUGUUCAGGUGUCAAUAAACUUGGAUGCAAAUGGUGAAUGCCAAGAAUGUUCAGUGAAGUCAUUGAAUGAAUGGAAAAAAGCAUCAGAUUUCCCAGUGAUAAAUCAAGACUACUCAGGUGCCAAAAACACAUACAUUUAUGCAGCAACGACCUCUGGUUCACGCCAAGCAUUGCCACAUUUCCCAUUCGACACAGUGCUGAAACUAAACACUUUGAACAAGUCCAUCCACACUUGGUCUGUUGGGAGCAGAAGGUUCAUUGGGGAGCCCAUUUUUGUCCCCAAAGGAACCCAAGAAGAAGAAGACAAUGGCUACAUUCUUGUGGUAGAGUAUGCAGUUUCAACACAAAGAUGCUACCUUGUUGUUUUGAGUUCCAAGAAGAUUGGGGAAACUGGUGCACUUGUUGCAAGACUUGAAGUUCCCAGAUCUUUGAAUUUUCCACUUGGUUUUCAUGGCUUUUGGGCGCCUUCUUCUACCUCUGUAUUUCAUAUUUAGCAAAAUAGUGAAAUUUGAUCAUAGAUGUUUUUUUUAUUUCCUUGGGUUGGCCAGCAAGCAAUAGGUAUGAAGAAAGGGUGAAAAUUUGGGGGAAUGAAAUUCACUUGCACAUAGUAAAAUUAUGCAAGAAUGUAUUUCAUAUACUAGGGGUUUAGAGUUUAAUUAGAUGAUCAUUUUAAACAAGUUACAUAGUUUGAUUUAAUUAUUUUACAAAACUCUUAAA